UCUAGACUUUCAGGUAACAAUUACAAUAUGGCUGCUGUGCAAAUCACUACUGUGCUGCUUCUUUUGUCUUUUUCAGUAAAUUCACAGAAUACAGGAAGGAUCAUCGGGGGUCAGGAGGUCGAACCAUACUCUAUCAAAUAUCAGGCAUCCCUUCAGACUGAGGUCGGGGAACACUAUUGUGGAGGCACGCUAGUUCACCCAGAGUGGGUGGUGUCUGCUGCCCACUGCUGGAGACCGAGUACUUUUAUGAGGGUUGUGCUAUGCGAGCACAGCCUGAUCAAAACCGAGGGAUUUGAACAGAUCUUCAAUGUCUCAAAGAUAUAUGUACACAAUUAUAAUUUCAGAACAUAUGAGAAUGACAUCAUGCUAAUUAAGCUUAGCAGACCAGCACAGCUGAAUGCAUAUGUUCAGCCAGUUCUGAUACCUGAUGAAGGUACCCCUCCCUUUAGUGGCACCUGCAUAGUGAGUGGCUGGGGAGUGACACAGGUUUACAGUUACACCCUCUCCCCUGUGCUACGUGCUGUGGAUGUAAGAGAAAUACCUUACUGCACUUGGUAUUACUGGGGCAGGAUCAAACCAGGUAUGCUUUGUGCUGGAUCUCCAUACGGGGGAAAGGACUCUUGCCAGGGCGACUCCGGGGGCCCCCUUGUCUGCAAUGGCUACUUUGAGGGCAUUGUCUCCUGGGGUAUCAGCUGUGCAAAUCAGUACUACCCUGGUGUCUACACCAGAGUCAGGAGCUAUAUUCAGUGGAUUGACUGGGUUAUUGACAACACACCAUGAGCUAUUUUCUUCAAAAACAGUUAAAUGAACAUAAUUUUCAGAGGCCCUGAAAUGAAUAAAUAUUAAGGUUAGAAUUUCUAAAAUGUUGCCUGGAAAUAUGUCAAUAUUGCGCCUAUAAUUAAUUGAUUGUCACUCUUUUUUCCGAUAAGGAAUUAUAAUUGAUACAGACAAAGACUUGUUAUUAUGAUAUCAUUUUUAUUUUUUGUUGGUACUAUAGCAAUAUAAUUAGUAACUGUGUUAAUCAUUCAAGUGAACUACUAUUGAAAAAUCACCAAUGUUGCUGUUUUCACAUGAAUCAAUUUUCCUAGUAUGCCUUUUACUACAAGCAAAACCUCUUAUAUUGUAUUUAAGUUUCAUUGUAAAUAUCACAGUUUCAAUUAGUGCAGCUUUAAGAAGGUUUUGACCAAUACACUGGGUCUAUAAAUUGACAAGUGAUACUUGCUACUACUAGUAUGGAAUAAAAGGCUAACCCAUCCACAGUGACAGUGAAGAUGCUGAUUGUCUGUAUCAUGCUUCUAUCGGUCUCUUGUGUUCAACGUUCAAAAAGGCCAA